AUGACUGAUUCACAAGACAUACCCGUACGCCAUGAUCAGUGGACCUUUGUAGAAAUGCGGCGUGACUGCGAAUCCAAGGCGAAGAAACGCUGCACCAAGAAGGGGGGAACAUGUAAGUUGAAAUGCAAAAAGAAGGAGGAAGAAAUCCCAAAAGGGUACAAAGGCAAAUAUUGCAAGUGUUGCGUUAAGCAGACGAAGCCCGGGAAGUGCCCGAAGAAAUGCGCCAAGGGGAAAGGCAAAUGCGUGAAGAAAGAAAAGCAGUGCAAAGGAACGGUCGUCAAGGGCUGCAAGAAGUGUUUCUGUUGCAUUGAGGACAAACCUGAAUCACCAGUUACCACUCCAAAACCUAAACCACCAGUUACCACUCCAAAACCUAAACCACCAGUUACCACUCCAAAAGAAGAAAAUACUACUCCAAAAGAUGACAAUACCAGUAAAGCUGAGGAAACCACAAUCCCAAGUGAAUCAACAGAUGCAAGUAAUAAUAACACAGAUGGCGCAACACCGUCAGGCAAUAAUAAUGUGUCGUCGUCAGUACCCCCAGGAGGAAGCACACCCCCAGGAGGAAGCACACUUCCAGGAGGAAGUACACCCCCAGGAGGAAGCACACUUCCAGGAGGAAGUACACCUCCAGGAGGAAGCACACCCCCAGGAGGAAGCACACCUCCAGGAGGAAGCACACCUCCAGGAGGAAGCACACCCCCAGGAGGAAGCACACCCCCAGGUGGAAGCACACCCCCAGGAGGAAGCACACCCUCAGGAGGAAGCACACCUCCAGGAGGAAGCACACCCCCAGGUGGAAGCACACCUCCAGGAGGAAGCACACCCCCAGGUGGAAGCACACCUCCAGGCGGAAGCACACCUCCAGGAGGAAGUACUCCUGCACCUACAACAAAAGGAAGUAAUACUACUCCAUCAAGUGGUUCCAAAACAACAACAACUGCGUUGCAGACUCUCCAGGGUACUGUUAAUAGUGCUGGAAGACGAAGGAGAGCAAUUUUGACUCGAAGACGAAAGAGAGACACUUCAGCUCUCGACAAAGUAGCUUCUCAGUUGAAAGCAGCUAAUCAGUCGCUUACAGAAGAUAGCACAGAUUCCUUGAAUUCAAUAGCAUCAGAGAUAGAGAAAUCAGUUUCAGAGAUCUCAGCUCUUGAUGAGAACAUUAAAAAGGGAACUGUCAAUGCUACAGAGGAUUUGAAAACAUCUAUUACUUCAACACUGAAUGAAGCAAAUGAUUUACAAACCGCUGCUAAAAAGAAAGAAAAAGAGGUUGAUGAUGAAAUUAAUGCACUAAACUCAAAUAUCACAGAAAAUGGUGGGACUACACUCAAGCAAACUACUGUAAAAACAGAUACAGCUACAACUAAACCAGGAGAUACAAACAUCGGAGAAAGCACACCCGAUGGUGAGAAACCACCACCAGGAGGAAGCACACCCGAUGGUGAAAAACCACCAUCAGGAGGAAGCACACCCGAUGGUGAAAAACCACCAGGAGGAAGCACACCCGAUGGUGAAAAACCACCACCAGGAGGAAGCACACCCGAUGGUGAAAAAACCCCACCAGGAGGAAGCACACCCGAUGGUGAAAAACCACCACCAGGAGGAAGCACACCCGAUGGUGAAAAACCACCACCAGGAGGAAGCACACCCGAUGGUGAAAAACCACCACCAGGAGGAAGCACACCCGAUGGUGAAAAACCACCACCAGGAGGAAGUACACCCGACGGUGAAAAACCACCAACUGGAGAAAGUACACCUAAUGGUGAAAAGCCACCACCAGGAGGAAGCACACCGCCAGGAGGAAGCACACCACCAGGAGGAAGCACACCGCCAGGAGGAAGCACACCGCCAGGAGGAAGCACACCACCAGGAGGAAGCACACCGCCAGGAGGAAGCACAUCAUCAGGAGGAAGCACAACAUCAGGAGGAAGCAGCUCAACAACCAAAGGAGGCUCAACAUCCCAAAGUAGCUCAACAACUGGAAGCACCUCAACUAGCACCACUACUUAG